GUUCACUGAAGAGAGCAUCCUAAUAAGGUCAUCUUUCUUUACUACUAUAGUUAGUACAUACAUACCUUCAUAGUUAACUAACAAGACAAGACCCGCGCCGUUCGAGGAUCCUCCGCGUCGGCCCGUAUAAAUGAAUGAAUCAUCGAAUAUCACAGCAGAACCAAACACGACAGUAUCUAGUCCCUGAAAAUGAUCUGUCUUUUCCUAUUUAAAGUAUUAUUAUUCCCACCAAUCGUUUGAUCGACAAAUGAACCUGUUGCUCUCGGUAAUUUUGUUGUUGGCUGCUUACAUAUCCGGCCUCCGAUACCGGCCCCGGUUGGCAUCGGCGUUCCAUCGGGAAAAAGAUGUAUAAAAGUUGCUGUACCACCUCUUCUUGAGUGCAGCUUCGAGAGCUGACAAUAAUAAAGCAAUUUAUUCAUUAUAGAUAGGAUAAUACCUAUCAGACUCUUUCCCUAGACCAUUGAAAGACUUCAAGUCUUCCCCUCAAAUCCUAUUCCAUCAUGGCAGCAACAGCACCGCCCUCUGCAGCGACCACUCUCCGCCGCACCCUGGAAGAUCCCAAUUCCUUCAUCGUAGCACCGGGUGUUUAUGAUGGAUUCUCUGCCAGAAUUGCCCUUCAGACCGGAUUCGAUGCUCUAUACAUGACCGGAGCAGGCACAACAGCCUCCGUCCACGGACAGGCAGAUCUAGGCAUCUGCACAUUGAACGACAUGCGCACCAAUGCCGAAAUGAUCGCCAACCUGUCCCCCUCCACCCCGCUGAUCGCCGACGCAGACACAGGCUACGGCGGUCCCAUCAUGGUUGCCCGUACGACGCAGCAAUACGCCCGUUCCGGCGUCGCCGGCUUCCACAUCGAGGACCAGAUCCAGACCAAGCGAUGCGGACAUCUAGGCGGCAAGAUCCUCGUUGACGUCGAGACAUUCGUCUCGCGCAUCCGAGCAGCAGUGCAAGCUCGCCAGCGUAUCGGCAGCGACAUCGUCGUGAUUGCACGCACAGAUGCGCUCCAGAAACAUGGCUACGAGGAAUCUCUCCGACGACUGAAGGCUGCGCGGGACGCAGGUGCGGAUGUCGGUUUCCUCGAGGGCGUCACGUCGAAGGAGAUGGCUCGUCAGAUCAUUCGUGAUGUGGCGCCGUGGCCGAUGCUGUUGAAUAUGGUUGAGCACGGUGCGACGCCCAGUAUUUCUGCUCCCGAGGCCCGCGAGAUGGGGUUCAAGAUUAUCAUUUUCCCUUUCGCGGCGCUGGCGCCUGCGUAUACUGCUAUUAAGGCCGGUAUGGAGCGGUUGAAGGAGACUGGGUUGACUGGUGCUGGCAAGGAGUUGUCGCCGGCGAUGCUCUUCCGCGUGUGUGGGCUCGAUGAGAGCGUUGAGAUUGAUGAGGCAGCUGGUGGUGCCACUUUUACUGAUGGAGUUGAUUUGCCGAAAUAGAGUAGAUACGUGGAUUUUUCUUUCUGUGUCUUGUGUUUUCUGCAUUGGAAGGGAUAACUACUGUACGUAUGGUCCCGGAAAUAGAACAUAAAUCAGCGGCCAACAUACUCAAAUUCAUAAUCAAGACAUGUUGUUGC